CCCCUCUGCCAUUUUAGCUGCAGGGGGCGGGGGGGCCCUGCCGGAGUCCAGCUAGCAGGAAGGACCUAGGCUCAUCUUCCCGUUACACUGAGUUGCAUCGCCCCGGCUAGCACAAAUGCACAGCGCGCUCUAGAUCUCGUCUGGUGCAUCAGUGGCACAGCAAGCUCUCUCUCCUACGCUCCCCAGCAGCAGAGAGAGAGAGAGAGUGUGUGUGUGUGUCUGGGGGUUGCUCUCAUACUCACACACACACACCCCAACGUUCACUCUGCUCUACACUUCAUCCCUUGGCCUUCGCUCGGUCCAUGCCGCACGCGAGCCAGCCCUCCCUCCCCCCCCUUUUUAACACCCCCCCUUGCCAAUUUCCUAGUCUGAUUCUCCAUCCUUUUUGCCUCGUUACUGGAAUAAACUGGCCGGCUGGUGUGAUAAACUUUGCUGAGGGAGAGAGCGAUUGGACACCAAACAGGGCAGAAGUUGCAAUCUGCAGAGAAAUACCCUGGAUUCCUCGCCGCAUGGGCGGAUUUCACAUCCAACCUGUGAUAAGAAUGGAUUUUCCCCUUCCUUUUCUUCUUUGAAAAGCUGUUCCCCUCAUAAAGCAAAAGCAGCAGAGCCUGCUCCCCCUGGAAGCUGUGACAACUCAGCAGCGUAUGUCAAGCGGAUUGGAGGGGAGCUACCUCCACGGUUGAGUAGCACAGCAACUCUGCCUCCACGGAGUGGGUGUGAAUACAAAUCCCUCAGCUUGGUCACGCAAGAACACCCUGCUGCCGGGGGGCUUUGAGAAAGGAUUGGAUUUUUAUCCUGUUUUAAGUAACUUUUUGGAAGAAAGCCGGAGGAAUCAGACACCAGGGCUCAGGGGGAGAGAUUGCCAAAAAGAAAAAAAAAAAGUGUGGCUCUUUGGACAACCUGCAAGGAAAUAAAAAUUCCUUUGGGCUGCAAACUGGAAACUAACACUGAAAAGGAUGGAUUUACAAAGAGGCAAGCUGAACUGAAGACUGCCAGCCCCCAAAAUGUGCAUGGUUGCUGGGGAGGGCUAGACAGAUUAUAUAUCGUUGUCAGCAGGGUGUGUUGGGUUGGGAAGAAGGAUAAAAGAAGUUGGGAUGAACUGAUGCCAACUGUGGACAUAAAGAGUCCGUUGGAGUUUGCAAAGCUACAGCCCUAUCCAUGGAAGUAGGAGUCUAAAGCCCAAGUUGAUCUGAGAGGAGGGAGCGGCGUAGCAGGAAGGUCCUAAAGGCGUAACCCAGGGUCCAUUCCUCACCAUCCCUAGUACAAUGACAACCGCCUCCACGGUGACGUCCACAGUGGUGAUCACAGCAUCAGCCAUGGAUCUGCGUGACUGGCUCAUGUUGUGUUACGGCCUGGUGGCCUUCCUGAGCGAGGUGAUGGCCAGCGGAGCCUCCUGCCCCUCGGUGUGCCGCUGCGACAAUGGCUUCAUCUACUGCAAUGACCGGGGCCUGACCUCCAUCCCAGCCGACAUCCCCGAUGACGCCACCACCCUGUACCUACAGAACAACCAGAUCAACAACGCCGGCAUCCCCUCCAACCUCAAGACCAAACUUAACGUCCAGGUGAUCUAUCUCUAUGAGAAUGACCUGGAUGAGUUCCCCGUCAACUUGCCCCGCUCACUGCGGGAGCUACACCUCCAGGACAACAACGUGCGCACCAUCGCUCGUGACUCCCUGGCCCGCAUCCCCUUGCUGGAGAAGCUCCACCUGGACGACAACUCUGUCUCCACUGUCAGCAUCGAGGAUGACGCCUUUGCUGACAGCACCCGCCUCAAGCUGCUCUUCCUGUCCCGCAACCACCUCAGCAGCAUCCCGUCUGGCCUGCCUCGCACCUUGGAGGAGCUGCGGCUAGAUGACAACCGCAUCUCCACCAUCCCACUGCAUGCCUUCAAAGGGCUGAACAGUCUGCGGCGGCUGGUGCUAGAUGGGAACCUGUUGGCCAACCAGCGCAUCGCUGAUGACACCUUCAGCCGGCUGCAGAACCUCAGCGAGCUGUCCCUGGUGCGCAACUCUCUGGCUGCCCCUCCACUCAAUCUGCCCAGCUCUCACCUGCAAAAGCUGUACCUCCAGGAUAACGCCAUCAGCCACAUCCCCUACAACACCCUCUCCAAAAUGAGGGAGCUCGAGAGGCUGGACUUGUCUAACAACAACCUCACCACUCUGCCCAAGGGCCUGUUUGAUGACCUGGAGAGCCUGACCCAGUUGCUGUUGAGGAACAACCCUUGGUUCUGUGGUUGCAACCUCAUGUGGCUGAGAGACUGGGUCAAGGCCCGGGCCUCAGUGGUCAACGUGAGGGGGCUGAUGUGUCAAGGGCCAGAUAAAGUGAGAGGUAUGGCCAUCAAGGACAUCACCAAUGAGAUGGAUGAGUGCUUUGAGGUGGGUUCACAGGGCAACGCAGUGGUGGCCAAGACCACCACUAGCCAUGCAGCUGUCACCACCCCUCAAGGCUCCCUCUUCACCCUCAAGGCCAAGCGGCCUGGGAUCCGCCUGCCAGACUCCAACAUUGACUACCCCAUGGCUACAGGGUCUGGCACCAAGGCCUUGGUUCUCAGCGUCAAGCCACUGACAGCUGACAGCAUCCAGAUUAGCUGGAAGGCCAUGCUGCCUGCUGCCUCCUUCCGGCUCAGCUGGCUGCGACUGGGUCACAGCCCAGCUGUAGGCUCCAUCACCGAGACCCUAGUGCAAGGGGACAAGACUGAGUACUUGCUAACAGCUCUGGAACCUAAGUCUACGUACAUCAUCUGCAUGGUCACCAUGGAGACAGGCAGCACCUAUGUGGCCGAUGAAACUCCGGUGUGCGCCAAAGCAGAGACAGCUGACAACUACAGCCCCACCACCACCCUCAACCGGGAGCAGAAUGUUGCCCCAGUGGCUGCCCUGCCUCUGGCAGGGAUCAUUGGAGGUGCAGUGGCCUUAGUCUUCCUCUUCCUGGUCAUGGCAGCAAUUUGCUGGUAUGUCCACCGGACGGGCGAGCUGCUGACACGGGAAAGAGCCUACAUCAGGGGCAGCCGGAAGAAAGAUGACUACGUCGAAUCGGGUACCAAGAAGGACAACUCCAUCCUGGAGAUCCGAGGUCCUGGGCUGCAGAUGCUUCCCAUCAACCCACACCGAGCCAAGGAGGAAUAUGUAAUUCACACAAUAUUCCCAUCCAAUGGCACCAGCUUAUACAAAAGCACCCAUACCAUCGGCUAUGGCACAACCCGUGGGUAUAGAGACGGCGGCAUUCCAGACAUAGAUUACACCUAUACAUGAUGGAGAACCAUCGCUCCCUCUCAACCCCCACACCAUCCCAUGCCGCUGCCACUUGGUGACUUACAAAUCAAGGAGAAACUCUUUUCCCUAAUAUAAAUGGCAUGAGUAGCAGGCACUGGGGAGAAGAGGGGGACUAUUUUGUAGAAAAACAAGGGAUGGUUAAAAAUUUAAAAAGACAUAAUUUAUAUUUAAUAUUCCAGAUUUCAAAUGAACAACAUGUGCUCAUGGAUCGAGGAGAAAAAAGCUACCUGUUCAUAUCUUUCCUCUUGUGUAAAGCUAUUUUCGUUUUCAGGAGUUAGGUUAUAAAAAAAAAAUCAACACAUAAUUGUCAUUUCUGACUGCUGACCAUUGAUGGUUCAGCCAGCCCUGCUGCAGAUGAGAGAGGAGGAGGAUUUUAUGCCCAUUUAAUGGGAUCUACUUCCAACACUUUCCUGGUUUUAUUCCCAUAACUGGUUUCUUGGUUUUAAUUUUUAUGCCACUUUUAUUGACUGUUUCAUUAAGAGCGAACGGAUUUGGAUCGCCUCCCUCUCCCAAAGCUGGAGGGGAAAUGGGAAAAUAUUCCAUAUAGCAGCAUAGUUCAUGGGCGCGGACAAUUGAAAUGGACCCCUUGGUUAACUCCAGACAUUUCAACUAGAAACAUUAUCUAAUUUAAUUCAUAGCUUUGUCCAUAGCAAAAAAAAAAAUCUAUCUAUCUAUAUAUGUGUGUGUGAGUGUGUGUACACACACACACACACAUACACACUUCCUCAUCAUCAUUUUCUUCCAGACAGUUGGGGUGAUGGCUUCUAGGGGAUAAGAUGCAGGAUGCUGAUGUCCAAAUGUAUCUCAGGUUCCAUUGGGUCAUGUAUAUUUGGGGGAAGAAGUGGAUUAAUUCAGGUUCCAGCAGAAUAGGCUUUGGUGGAAGACUCUGCCUUUUGGGCCAGCUGGGGGGAGGCUAGAAAAAACCCAGUCUAGGUCACUACUGCUUUGGGAGAAUCCUGUGGAAAUAGUUAACAUUCCUUGAAACAAAACCACAAAGUUACUUUCUUUUUAGAAGGAGCACCAGGCAGGUUUGCUCAGGAAGCUACAAAGAUAUAUAAGGAGCCCCAAUUAACCCUCAUCUCUCUUCCUUGGAAAACUCUGCUUUGACUGUUAACUCUCUUCUUCUUUUAUUAUCAUUCAAUGGUUUUAAAAUCACACCCAGACCUGAAAUCAAGACAGGAGUGAUUGGGAACAAUUCCCUGGGCUUGGACCUAAAUGUUUUAGGAAACGUGUGAGACACUCAGCCUUGUGCAGAGAGAGGUCAAGCACAAGGUCACGGUGCUACACUCCAGCAGGGGUAGAAAAAAGGAGUCCUAUUUCCCAGUGUUUCCCAGUUCUAACCACUAGACCCCACUCUCUCAGGUGCACAGGCCUAGCACUGGGCUGGAGCACAGGCAUAAGGAUACCGCUGCAGUGCCACUGUGCUCCCGAGAGGCUGUAUCUCAGGGCAGAGUUUGUGGAAGGUGCAUGGUAAUGCUCUGGUGCAAACUACAGAAUGUGGGCCUUUGUCACUAGCAGUAGAACUGCCAGAUCUCAGAGGCUCAUAGGGUCAUCAUAGACUUGACACAGGAUCUGAAGUCCCUGGGGGUAUGUCUACACUACCACCCUAGUUCGAACUAGGGUGGUAGUGUAGACAUACCCUGGAAGAGGCCAGGGGGAGUAAGUGGGAGAGCUGUACCAGGCCAGCCUAGGCAGGAAAACUUACUUGCCCUCCCCAAAAACAUGCACACAGAGAAACACACAUACAGAGCCAUUCUUGCACACAUGCACAGAGGGUCUGUCUGUCUCUCUUUCAUAGGGUGCAUCUACACAGCACCCUACAUUUUAAAUAAGAUACAC